AUGAUAUCAUCGAAAAAUUAUGAACAAUCACAAGCCCAACCAGUACAAGUUUUAGUACAACCUGGAUUCGUAGCAGCAGCAACGGAGCAGUCCCAUGUAGAGGCAGCGAUAUCUUGUAUUGCGCAAGUACCACUUGAAGCGAUGGCAGUAAUUGCACAAGGAAAGCAAGUGACAGGACCACGCUUGUUUAAAGGAUUAGCAGGUGAAAUUACUGGAGACGCCGAAGCAACGAAAAGAAAAAUCGAGAGAACCAAGAAGAGUUUGAGACCCAUUGGAAUCUAA